AACUGAGAGACAGUGAAAGAGAGAGAGCCCACAAGCCAAAACACCUUCUUCCAACACACACAUUUCAUAAAAAUGGCUACACUUUCUACUCCAUUGUUUAACAACACUUCAUCUCUUCAUAAUUUACCCUCCACACGCCACCGUUUUAGCUUUCCUGAACUCCAUCCACCCCUCAGAAUCAGUUGCUCCGGUAGAAGAGAUAUUUCUGAAUCAAAGGAAAAAAAUUCUCAUUUGAAGGAGCUUAAAGGUGUGGCUUGUGGCAUUCUUGCCGCUUGGGCUGUGUCUUCUGCCUCUCCUGUAAUUGCUGCUAAUGUGAGAUUGCCUCCACUGUCAACAGAGCCAAACCGAUGCGAGCGUGCAUAUGUUGGUAACACGAUUGGUCAGGCAAAUGGUGUUUAUGACAAGCCAAUUGAUCUCCGCUUCUGUGAUUAUUCAAAUGAAAAAUCAAACCUGAAGGGUAAGUCUCUUGCCGCUGCCCUGAUGUCCAAUGCCAAGUUUGAUGGUGCAGACAUGUCAGAAGUAGUGAUGUCAAAGGCUUAUGCCGUGGGAGCAAGCUUUAAGGGUACAGACUUCUCAAAUGCUGUAUUAGAUCGAGUAAAUUUUGGAAAAGCCAAUCUCCAAGGAGCUGUAUUUAAGAACACAGUAUUAUCCGGAUCCACCUUUGAUGAAGCUCAACUGGAAGAUGCUGUUUUUGAGGACACCAUUAUAGGCUACAUUGAUCUUCAGAAGCUUUGCACAAAUACAAGUAUAAAUGCUGAUGGAAGAGUUGAGUUGGGAUGCCGAUGACCUUAAUCUAUCUUCUUUUUUGCAAUUUUCCAUUUCAUAAGAUCAUAAUAUAUGCAGGCUGCUACAUAGAUUGACGAUUUUGUCUAAUUUGAUGAUGGAAAAAUAUGAAAUAUUGUACACUAAAGGCAAUUUGUCACUGGUUGUCCCUGUUUCUUCUUGUAUAUUUCAUUGAUUGACUGAACAAAAGGAAGUGUAUUGUAAUAACAGUUUGCGAAAUUCACUAUCAAUUAUUACUUCUUCUCACUAA